UUGUAUUUUAUUGGAGGAGGUUGUGAUGGAAGUUAGAGUUGUUUUUAUUAUUAAAGCGGCGCUGUCCUGCGCAGUCCCGCGGCCGCCAGUGGCGCGGCGCGAGUGCGGUGGGCCGCGCCCUCCGGCCUGCGCUCUCUGCGUCCUGCCGUGUGGGACUCUGGUUUCUCUGAAUUAGGGAAAAGUGUUAUGAGGGGGAACUGUAUUCGGCAGUUGUCUGCAUUAGUAAAUACCGCGCCUUAGGCAUACUUUGACGAUCGAUAGGGGGAGGGAUAUAACCGCGCGUGCGUCCCGCGGUCACCCACCCGCGUGUCUACUCAGAACCGUCGCCGUUGUCGCACGCCCGCGACCUGUGGAACGCACUCAUUUGAACUUGUUGCGAACGCCACCUGUUAACUCAUGGGGGCACCGUGAAACUCAGCGUGGGCCGCCAUGCCGCGCUGUUAUAUGGUAAAAAAAUGUGUGCAGCGCCAUGAAGGUCCCCCGCCGUGCAGCCCCACGGAGGCUUGCGUGGCACCGCCAUGCUACAGCCCCGCCGAACACUCAGCCCUAACAGAGCCUCGCACGGAAUAUGCCGAGCUGGGCGUGCCGCUGUCGGAGCGGUCGGCGGCGGACACGGAGGCGGCGCACGAGCUGCUGUCGCUGGCGCACAGCCUGCCGCCGCUGCCGCCGGCCGCGCACCUCGUCACCGUGCUGCACGCGCCCGACCCGCCGCCGCUCGUGCCCGUCUACACCUACACGCUGCAGCCCACCAACAUCUACAUCCUGGCCGAGGACCCACCCGAACCGGUGUACCACACGGUACAAACCGUCACCCCGCUCCAACCGGUCGAGUUCGUUGACACUCACAUCAGUUACGUCGAGUGCCAGCCGGUGGGCCCGCCGCCACCACCGCCGCCCCCACCGCCGCCGUUACCACCGUUGCACCCGCGCCCAGCACCCGCACCGUUGCAGCCGACGCCAGAACCAUCCGCUGUGGUACCAGCGCCCGCACUCGAGCCUGUAGCUACAACACCCGACAGUGAACCUCUGGCUACACAGGCCAGGGAAAAAUCUGGUAAAUAUGAUUGUAACGAGUGUGGCAAGCGUUACGCUACUUCUUCGAAUCUGUCGCGCCACAAGCAGACGCACCGCAGCCUGGACUCGGUGGCGGCCAAGCGGUGCGGCGAGUGCGGCAAGGCGUACGUGUCCAUGCCCGCGCUGGCCAUGCACGUGCUGACGCACCGCAUGGGGCACGUGUGCGGGGUGUGCGGCAAGCAGUUCUCGCGGCCGUGGCUGCUGCGCGGCCACCUGCGCUCGCAUACAGGUGAGAAGCCAUACAAUUGCGCGUCGUGCGGCAAAGCGUUCGCGGACCGGUCGAACCUCCGCGCGCACCUGCAGACGCAUUCGUCUGACAAGAAGUUCGAGUGCACGCGCUGCGGCAAGUCGUUCGCGCUGAAGAGCUACCUGAACAAGCACCAGGAGGCGGCGUGCGUGCGCUCCGACGACGACGAGGACGAGGACGAGUGACGUGAGGCGGCGCUCAUCCUUCAAUCAAUGCAACGAACAUUUUCUCUAUGAACUUCUUUACACCUUUGUAUUACCGAAAGGGAUAUUUGAUAGGGUAGAUGCUCGUAGUUUCGACGGCGUCGAGUGAAUAAUAAGCAAUAUUAUGUACCUAAUAUCGUUAUGGCUCUUUCCAUAAUUUAAUUUAAAGAAAAUAUAAUUAAUGAAAAGUGAAAUUAAAAUGAAACGUAUUUUUUCAAUUAUUAGUCCGGCAAUGACGGAAGUAAUCGUGUCAAUUUAUGGCAAGAGCCUGCAAUGUUACAGCGUAGGGUAAUGUUUACAUAGUAAAGUAUAAGUAAGUUAGCGUCGCGGGUGUGGUGUGCGACUUUAGUCGUAGUUCGGUGAUACGUAGAGACUUAAUGAAACCGUCGAGCUGUGGUACAAAGAGAGCAAUAAAGUAAAGAGUGUAGAGUGGCAGUUAGGCGCACGACUAGCGUGUGUAGUGUAGCGCGCGCUCCGGUAGGACCAAACUGUUGCUCGGGCGCGCGCCGCCCUCGGCCGGCAAACCGCCGGUGUACCGCCGGUGUAACGCCGGUACCGCAGUACCGCAGCAGUCCGCGGACCUCGCGCCGCUCUAGGACGGGGUGGGUACGAAUGUCACGUGAAAACUGUAAUGUUACGCCACCAUACUGAGGGACGCCGUCGAUUUCCAUAAAAAUUAUCAGUGUUGUUGUCAAACAUAUUUGUCUGAAUGUCUAAUUCUAUUCAAUACUAUAUUUGUUCGAUUUCAAAAUUAUAUAAAAUUAAUCAUUAUACUUACAUGUCAAUAUCGAAUAACUUUCAAAAAUCAUAGAUAGUAAUAUAAUUACUGAUAAAUAAUGAUUGAUGUUGUCUUUCAAAGAAUUGUUACUUCAUAUAAAUGUAUAUAUCGUUCCAAAUAAAAUCUCUAUGUGGUGUGUUUUCAUACGUCAUUUGUAGUCAUCGUCGCGAGUUGAAGCGCUACCCAACAAACUUUAGGUAACCACUGACCUCACACGUACGUAUUUACGUGUUACAG